CCGUCUCGCGGCGCCGCCACCGCCGUCGCCGCCGCCGCCGCCGCCGGGCUCCGCGCGCUCUCCCAUCUCCCCCGCGCCCCCGCCCCCUUCCCCUCCCAGUUGACCGAGAAGCCAGAGACUCAACGCCCAGCGCGGCCGGCCCCCGAAGAGCCGCCACCGCGGCCAACUAGCCCAGGAAGAGGAAAAGGACGGACCGGGGGGGAAAGCCGCGGAGGGGAACGUGGUAUUGAAUUCUCCUUCAUGCCGGACUUAAGUCUAGCCCAGCCAGAGUUUUUCCUUGCUUUGCCUCCUGCUAAUAACAUUUGGGGCACCUGUUAACACUGUAGGAGUGGAAAAGUUGGCUUUUGUUCACGAAUGAGGAAUUAUUCUCUGAUAGACUUUUCUUAAGAGAGACAUCUUUACAAUGGCAUCAGCUGUGAUCAGUUCUGUUCCCACUACUGCAUCUCGUUUUGCCCUCUUGCAAGUAGAUAGUGGCAGUGGUUCUGAUUCUGAGCCUGGGAAAGGCAGAGGUCGGAAUCCUGGAAAGUCUCAGACUUUGGGGAGCAAACCAACCACAAAUGAAAAGAAGAAAGAAAAAAGAAGAAAAAAAAAGGAACAACAGCAGAGUGAAGCAAAUGAGCUUAGGAAUAUUGCUUUUAAGAAGAUUCCUCAGAAAUCCUCCCAGGUAGUUUGCAGCUCUCAACAUGAGCUUUCGUUGCCAAGCCCAGUACAGAAAGAUUUACAAGAAGAGAAUUGGCAAGAGUGGAGACAAAGAGAUGAGCAGUUGACAUCUGAAAUGUUUGAAGCUGAUCUUGAAAAGGCAUUGUUGCUAAGCAAACUAGAAUAUGAAGAACACAAAAAGGAAUAUGAAAAUGUUGAAAAUGCUUCACCUCAAUCAAAAGGUAUGAAUAAGAAAGAAAAAAGAAAGAAUCAUCAAGGGAAAGACAAACCACUCACAGUGUCGCUGAAAGACUUUCAAUCAGAAGCAAAUAUAGAUCACCUUAGUAAAAAGACUGAGGAAUUGAGUACUUCCCAGACUUUAUCACAUGAUGGAGGAUUCUUCAAUAGACUGGAAGAUGAUGUUCAUAAAAUACUUAUUAGAGAAAAGAGAAGAGAACAGCUCACAGACUAUAACGGAACAGAUAAUUGUACAGCCCAUGAACACAGCCAGGCAUGUAAAGAGGUAUACUUAAAAGAUGGAAGAACUGAAAGACUAAAGUUGGAACUUGAAAGGAAAGAUGCUGAAAUUCAGAAGUUGAAAAAUAACAUCACUCAGUGGGAGGCAAAAUAUAAAGAAGUAAAGGCAAGAAAUGCUCAAUUACUGAAAAUGUUACAAGAAGGUGAAAUGAAAGAUAAAGCAGAAAUACUUCUUCAGGUUGAUGAAUCACAAAGCAUCAAAAAUGAGUUAACCUUACAGGUGACUUCACUUCAUGCUGCAUUAGAGCAAGAAAGAUCAAAAGUGAAGGCAUUACAAGCAGAAUUAACAAAGUAUCAGGGUGGCAGAAAAGGGAAAAGAAACUCCGAGUCUGACCAGUGUAGGUGAUCACAUUAGCCAUUGAGAUCAACACAUAUACACGCACGCGCACACACACACACACCCACACACAUACCCGCACACAUACAUCCACACACACACACAAACUUUUCAGGGUUUUGAAAAAAUGUAUAUAUUUAAUGCUGUACAACUGCUGAACUAUGCAGUUUUUGUUGGGGGAAAAAACUAAAAUGACUAAUUGAUUAACCAUCUAAAAACUAUUUCAUUUUUCUGUUGGUUUAAAGUGAAAAGUAGGAAAGUAGAAUUCCAGAAAAACUCAGUGAAUCAUUAAUGUUUGCUGUCCAUGCUCAUCACUUCAGUUUUUCAUCAGUCAAUAAAAUUUACUAUUCCAUUUGUGUGUUUGAUUUUUUAAGGUU